AUGAAGCUGUCGACUCGCACGUCGAUCGCUCCGUGGAUGGCGUCCACAGUCGUCACUAUCGUCCUCUUCUCCAUUUCAAGCGUCCAAGGUGAACCAAUCUCCGAGACCGUCGUGACGCCACUGGGAGACGCUACGGCCACGUUGACGCACCGUCAUCCAGCUUUCGAAGGAUGGCAAACAUACGCAGCUGUGGACUCCAUAAAAUCCACGGCGCCAAGCGUUUUCAUGACCGCUCGUCACUUGGAACCCGAGCGCUCGGACGUCGCACGCCUCGAAGCGUUCUUUGGCACGACCAUGGAAAGGAACUACAACGUCUUGAACGACUUGUACCCUCGAGCCGUGAGCGACGAGCUGCCGUGGUCUGGAGACAAUUGGCCCACGUACAAGGACGGGAUCAACGCAGUCUGGAAAGCCAACGAACCGUCACCAGCUCAAAAGUACGCGUCAGCUUAUAACCUGCGCGUCGACACAUUCCUCUCGAGCCUUUCACUGAGCAACGGCGUGCUGUCCACGUCGUCUUCAUCUUCUUCUUCGUGCCGUACGGACGCAGACUGUGUAACAGCUCAAGACAACGACAAUGACGACCGUCGCUGUGGACUCCGUGCUAAUACAAGCAGUGGCUACUGCAUCCCAGCGUGGCACGGCCUUGGUCACGCCCGUGCUGCUGCAGCUCUGCUGGAGGACGAGCCUCAGUGCGACGUAUCCAAGAACAACGUCACGUUCCAUGCAGUGGAUAUCAAAGCGCUGCUGACGCAACUCUAUGACGACGCAGCAAUCACGAUCGUCUUGACAGGUGCGCGGUUCAAUGGACCUGAUGCACCCGAAGAGCUCGAUCGCUACGGACGUUACACUGACGCCGCUCGGAGAGACGUGAACGCAGGUUUCUUCCACAUUGCCAUGACCAAUAUCCUCGGCAAGCACCGCCAGUCAUUCAUUAUCGAUGUGAGCGCCAAUGCGCAAGUGUGGAACGAACCAGUGCAAGCGUUCGAGAUCUCGGAGGCAUCGGUUAUCAAUGCUUCGAUGCUGUCACUGGAGCACUUUGACUCGAACACGUAUCCGUUUAAUGACGCCGCCACGUUCUUGGCCAAGUGCACGACGCGACUGACGUGGACAGUCGAGUCGAUGGACGGCGGUGAGGAAUUGACGUCCACGGGACAAAUCGAGGCGCACACGGUGUACGAGGAGUACGAGUACUGCCUCGAGCUCGACGAGAACUACACUAUUAUUGGAGGCGAGUGGCUCGGAGCGAGUCGGAAGAACCAUCCAGACUUUCUGUGGCUCCCAGCAGGAAAACCACGCGAAGAUACUGUCACGGCAACGGGCAUCUCGUAUGCAAAUGUGCUCGAGCUGCUGAAGGAGUCGCGGCAAUGCGAACACGCGACAGCGACUCUGCCGGCUACGCAGACGCCGUCAAUAUCGACGCAAAGACCGAAGUGUGACAACUCGUGGGUACACGCCGAGAAGCGUCCAGCAAAUGCAUCGACAAGUCAAACUCCAAUAGUGACUUCAGAGUCACAAGAGACGUACCCACCUCCUACGGACACGUCUGAGAGCACCGAGCCUUGGACGCAGUUAUCGACGACGGACAUGCCUGCCACUUCUGCUCUCGGGACUCCAGUUCCGUCGACACCAUCCUCCAAGUCUUUGCGAUCCGAUAGCUCGACUAAACAGUGGAAUGAACCAUUGAGCUGGGACAUGUCGACACUGUCGCAGUGGUAUCGCCACCUGGCGGAUACUACACUUUGGUGGUGA